AUGGGCUUGCCGUUCAGCUUCGCGCACUUCUUCGGACUGGCUACGGAGCAUGGACCUGCCAUAGCUGAGAUGUACCGGCAGAACUUCAAGCCGUCGAAGUACCUCUCGGAGCCGAAGGUGAAUGUGGCGCUUCAGGUGCUGUGCGCGGAGACGGAAGAGGACGCAAAGCGAAUCGGGGCAAGUCGCAACCUGUCGCGCGUGCGCUCGGUGCAGGGGAUACGCGAGGGCGUGCCGCCGAUCGAAGAGGCUCUAGCGUAUGAGUAUAGCCCGCAGGAAUGGGCAUACCUUUCCCAGAUGAAGCAGAGCUACAUAGACGGGACGCCGGAGCAGGUGCGCGACAAGAUAGAGGCGCUUGCGGACACUUACGCGACCAACGACCUCGGAAUCGUUACGAUAUGCUACGAUUUCGCGGAUAGGGUGCGGUCGUAUGACUGGUGGCGGAUGUGUUUGGGAUGGAGGCACCAUCGACACGGAGAUGGAGGAUUUGAGAUGGUUGAUGAGGCUACAAGGGUUAUCAAAGAACUGGACGUUGUGGUAAUAACGCAAGAUGUUCCGGAGCACGGGCUCAUCAGUGGAGAUGUAGGCACUGUUGUUCACUGCUAUAAGGACGACGAGGCGUACGAAGUUGAGGUGGUGGCGGCAAAUGGUCAUACUGUGGCUCUCCUGACUCUGCACUCAAGCUCAGUGCGACUGAAGCAAGGAUGGGAAAUUUCGCAUGUUCGUGAGCAUGGACCUGUUCUUGAAGGUGCGCGAGAGAAUCGAGAGCUUGCGGACGCCUACGCGACCAACGACCUCGGAAUCGUUACGAUAUGCUACGAUUUCGCGGACAGGGUGCGGUCGUAUGAACUGGUGGCGGAUGUGUUUGGGAUGGAUAAGCAGGAUGACUAG